CGCAUUGUGUGGUUUGACAUGUUCUUCCUCAAACAACUGAAGCGGGAGCUGCUCCUGCAUCCGAUGCACUUUGGCCCGAAGCUGCACGACAUCAUUCGCCUUCGCUUGAUCGAAGAGGUUGAAGGGACGUCGCUCGGAAAGUUCGGUUACGUCAUCGCCGUCACGGAGGUGCGCGACGAAGACAUUGGCCAAGGGGUCAUCCAAGACAAUUCGGGGUUCGUGUGCUUUAACAUUGCGUACCGAGCGAUUCUGUUCCGUCCAUUCAAGAACGAAGUACUUGAUGCGGUCGUCACCGUCGUAAACCAGCUCGGAUUCUUUGCCGAAGUCGGGCCACUACAGGUGUUUGUUAGUCGACAUGCCAUGUCGACCGACUUAAACGAAGGGUACGAUCACGAGCAGAGCGCGUGGAUUAGUCAAGAUCGAGAAGUGGAGAUCCGCAAAGGCGUGGGCGUUCGCUUGAAGAUCAUGGGGGUGUCCAUUGACGUCACCGAGAUUCAAGCUAUUGGGACGAUCAAGGACAAUUAUUUAGGCGUGAUUUCGUCGGAAUACUAGCACUAUACGAUGCAUACACGCCAUCUCGUCUUUCAUCGCGACCACGGCCACCCCUUCCCGACGCGGCCCUUGAUGUCUUCUUGCGAUUCGUUCACGUCGUCAGAGACUGGAGGAGCGUCAGUCCACGUUUCUUGAAACGACACGUCUGGCCGCGGCUUUGUUGGAGUUGCGCUGACGGAGUUCACAAGCUCUCGAACAUGCUGUACCUGUGCAUGGCCGUAGGCGAGGUGUCUCUUCACUUCCGUCGGGUUCGAUUCAUGUCGAGUGGCUUCGAACUUGGCGCGGAUCGUCUGUUGAACCUCCUGCCUCGUCUCUUUCGCCAAAGGACGGAUUUCGCGCAAGAAGAGGCGGUAUUGCUUGAUGACCUGGCUGCGGUUGAUAAAGUAGGCGAAGGACAAACCUCCGCCGCUGCCGCCGCCGAGCUUGGACGCCGCCAUAUUCAAUUUGGAUGUCGAGAAGACGAUCGUCCAUCGUAUAAUCAAAU